UAAAGCAUAACUAUUAAUACUGUAACAUUCACACAGGAUGACGAAUGCGUCAUACGACGCAAUGUGGUGCGAGGCACACGUGUCCCUCGAGGAAGUUACGCAGCUCGACUCCUUGGCCCAAUCGUCGUCGUCGGUACGGGAACGCGACGAGGCGCGAUCACAGGUCGUCUACCUUUACGUCCGCUACAUCGAUCUUAGCAACAGGUUGGAGCAGUGCUACGACCAGAUCGUCCAACCACAGAAGCGUUCACUGUUGCGUCGUCUCCUGGAAUCCACCUACGGCCGCGUCCUCGAGCUCAAGCACGAGCUCGUAGAGCUGGAGCUCGAUGAGUACAAUUACUUUGACGAUGCCUUGCUCAAGGAGAAUAUGACACCCGAUGAAUUAGAGCUCAGAGUCCCGCGAUAUUUUCGCCGAGAGAGAGAAAGCGAGAUCGCGAACAGGAGGAAGUUCAUCGAGGAAACGUUACGCAAUAUGGGAGGAUUCGAAGAUAAAUCUGAGAAAAAGAAAAUGACGGAGCUUGAAGCUAUCCGACUAAUACAGUCGUACGAGCGAGCGAGGCAAGGACGCAUAAGAUUUCAAUUCAUGAAAGAGAUUCUGGAGAUGAAAGAAAAAUCAACGAUUAGAUCAGAACUCAAAAAGCCGGAUGUGGUGACCGCGACUGCGGCUGCUUUAAAAAUACAGAAGAUUUGGCGUGGCUAUUCGACGAGGCGUAAAGUUAGUCAGCGUAAACUCGAUGAGAUGCUUCUAAUAGGUAUGCUGCAACCUUAUCAAAUAAGUUUUACAAGUACCAAACAAUUGGAACAAAUUGAAAAGAAAAGAUAUGAAAAACAAAAAGAAUUUCAAGAUAUGUUGGAUGCAUAUAUAGUUGAAGUGAAAGAUAGAAUAAAAACGGAGAGAGGUGCAAUUAUAGAAGAGACUAUAAGAAAUGAGAUCAGAAAUUGGAUUAACACGUGUUAUCAGCAAACUGGAAAGAUUCCAGAGUUGCCAUCAGCGGAAAAUGGAGGAUCACGAAUAAUUUUCAGUCGACAGGAUACCGAGAGUUCAAUGAGCAAAUCGACAGGUGUAUCCUCGUCCAAAGAAUCAAAGCGCUCAAAAAAAUCAUCAAAGACGAAGAAAGAAAGUGAGACGGAACAGCAAUCCGAAUCGGACAUAACUGGCUUUAAAUUUAUGCCAUCGAAUUUCUUAAAUGAGCUUAUCCAAGCCAACCAAGAAUAUCAGGAAAUAUGGAAAGACAAGGAUGAGUCAUCGAAUCUUGACCAACGACCAUAUUUUGAUAUGGUUGAGGCCGAAAAAACACAAGAAGUUGAGAACGAAAUUAGAAUCAACGUCGAUCAAGCCUUGAGAAUUGACAUAGAAGCUUUGCAGUCGGCCCUUGAUAGGGACAAGGGCUGUAAAGGGAAACGGGCUAAGAAAGCACAAAAACGAGUACGCCGCAGUGGGAAGAAGAAUAAGAAAAAGAAGGAUAAAGACUUGACUCCGGAUAGAUCAACGGGAUCUCUUUUCGAGGAGUUAUUACACCAAGGAAUAAUAAAACUUUGCCCAGAAGUGUACAUCGAUAAUUUCAAGGGAGAAAAGUCUUAUUCGAAUUUCCAUCUCAGACAAAAGGGUAAAAGUACCCUACCAGCCAUAGGCGAUAUACGGCAAAUCAUCAAGGAAUACUGCAUCCUGCCAAUGGGAAGUGAAACAUUGCGAGAAUUAACGCCCCUCGUAAGGUCAGUUCUUAUUGCCGGGCCACGUGGUAGUGGCAAAAAAAUGUUGGUUCACGCUAUUUGCACGGAGCUGGGAGCGACACUUUUCGAUAUCACUCCAUCCAACAUCGUCGGCAAGUACCCCGGAAAGACCGGCCUCAUCAUGUUACUCCAUUUAAUUUCCAAAGUUUCUAAACUUCUACAACCAUCUGUAAUAUUUAUGGAGGGAGCCGAAAGACCAUUUGUUAAAAAAGUUCCAAAAGCUGACAAGACCGAUCCAAAACGACUAAAAAAAGACUUACCAAAAUUAGUAAAAAAUAUAACUAACGAAGAUAGAGUUAUUUUAAUCGGAACAUCGAGUAGUCCUUGGAACGGAGAUCAAAAACUUCUUUAUCAAACAUACGAUAAAGUUAUUUUUAUUCCCCGGCCGGAUUAUGGCUCGAUGUCACUAAUUUGGAAGGACUUACUUUAUAAGUAUUCAGGCAUUAACAGGCAAUUUAAUACAUCUGGAAUGGCAAAACUUUGUGAUGGCUUUACAAUUGGCACAGUACUCUCAACUAUUGACAGUGUAAUGACGACCAAGCGUAUGGUUCAAUUGAGAGUACAGCCAUUAACGCACAUUGAACUUAUCAACGCAUUAAGCUUGAAAAAUCCAAUUUAUCGCGAAGAGGAAGAUGCAUUUUUGAAUUGGUAUUACAAAACUCCUACUUGUAAAAGAAAGCAGAAAGCGAUUGAACUGGAAUUAGCAAAAUUGGAAGAAGAAAACGAGAAGAAGAAGAAAGGAAAAAAAUAA